AGUAGAAUUUCCUGCAAAAUCUGGCGAUGAAGGAUGGCGUGGAGGGUGAGGCCAUCGUCCCUGAUUCUCCUCUGCUGAGAGCACCACUUCUACGCCUGCACAUGCUGAUCUCCAUCAGUGAAGGCCCUCUGCGCAGCAACAGCUGGCGACCGUCUUAAGCUGACCUCAGGGAAGAUGAAGGUCGGCGUCUUCCUGUUGGCGCUGCUGUGGGAAGCUCGGAGCCAGCCAGCCCGAAGGCCCAACAUCGUCCUGCUGAUGGCCGAUGACCUUGGUGUGGGAGAUCCAGGGUGCUAUGGGAACAAGACUCUCAGAACCCCCAACAUUGACCGGCUGGCUGAUGCGGGAGUGAAACUCACACAGCACCUGGCAGCAUCACCCCUGUGCACGCCCAGCCGGGCAGCCUUCAUGACGGGCCGCUAUCCCAUCCGCUUAGGAAUGGCAACUCACUUCCGGGUGGGCGUUUACCUGUUCUCAGCUUCCUCGGGAGGACUUCCCACCAGCGAGGUGACGUUUGCCAAACUCCUGAGGAACCAAGGCUACUCAACAGCACUGAUUGGGAAGUGGCACCUUGGGCUAAACUGUCACAACACAACUGACUUUUGCCACCACCCUGUGCGGCACGGCUUUGAUUACUUCUACGGGCUUCCUGUGACCAACCUGCGGGACUGCAAACCCGGGGAAGGCACGGUCUUCAGCAUGGCCUACAAGACGAUGGUGUUCUUUCCCCUGCAGUUCUUAGGGGUUGCCCUGUUCACACUGGCAGUGCUGCGCUUCCUGAGGCUGAUCCGCGUGCCCCUGGGCAUCUUCAUCGGCCUCUUCCUCCUGGUGGGCCUGAUCCUUGCCCUCUUCCUGUGCUUCCUUCAUUACUUCCGGCCCUUGAACUGCUUCCUCAUGCGAAACUAUGAGAUCAGCCAGCAGCCCAUGUCCUAUGAGAACCUCACCCAGAGGUUGACGCUGGAGGCCACUGGCUUCAUACGAAGGAAUGCUGAGAAACCGUUCCUCCUUUUUCUCUCGUAUAUCCAUGUGCACACGGCCCUCUUCGCUUCCAAGGAUUUUGCCAACAAAAGUCUCCAUGGCCCUUACGGAGACGCCGUGGAGGAGAUGGACUGGAGUGUCGGGCAGGUUCUGAACGUGCUGCAUGAGCUGGGGCUGGCCAACGACACCCUGGUCUACUUCACCUCCGACCAGGGAGCUCACGUAGAGGAGGUGACGCCCAAAGGACAGAUGCACGGGGGAAGCAACGGAAUUUACAAAGGAGGCAAAGCCAACAACUGGGAAGGAGGUAUUCGGAUUCCAGGCAUCCUUUGGUGGCCAGGAAGGAUACAGGCCGGCCUAGAGAUUGAUGAGCCCACAAGCAACAUGGAUAUCUUCCCCACGGUAGCCAAGCUGGCUGGAGCACCACUGCCCCAAGACAGGGUCAUAGACGGACGGGACCUGAUGCCCUUGAUACAAGGGGAACUCCAGCACUCCGACCACGAGUUUCUCUUCCACUACUGCAAUGCCUACUUAAAUGCCGUACGGUGGCACCCACCAAACAGCAAAUCCAUCUGGAAAAUCUUGUACUUCACACCGAAGUUCAAUCCUGAGGGUGCCAACGGGUGCUUUUCUACACACUUGUGCUUCUGUUUCGGGGACUACAUCACCCACCACGACCCGCCUUUGAUGUUCGACGUUUCCAGAGACCCACAGGAGAGAGACCCGUUGACUCCGACAACGGAACCGCGCUUCCACGAGAUCCUCAGAACCAUGCAGGAAGCAGCCGACAACCACACCAGGAGCCUGCGGGAGGUCCCCAACCAGCUGUCUCCGUGGAACAUCGUUUGGAAACCGUGGCUACAGCUCUGCUGUCCAUCCACCACCUCUUUGCUGUCUUGUGAGUGUGACAGAGAAAAACAGGGCCAAAGAAUAAGCAACUAAGCAGGAGACCGGACAGAUACACGUGGCUGAGUCUGCUUCCUUCAUCGCGUGUGCUGUCUUGUCUUGCUGCCAUGGAUGUAUUCUCUGUCCUGCCACCGGAAGUCCUGAGCAAGCCCUCCAGAGUGACCCAGCUGGGCCUGGAGUAGCACAUGAUAAACUGACAUCUUCCAUGGCCACGAUCUUCGAGUCGGUGUUGGUAGGGUGACUGGGACGCUCCCUUCCUGUACCACAGCAGACGGGUUGAGCCAAGUCAAGGGUGACAGCACCCAUCCAUCCCCCUGCUGGCAGGGUGAGGGGGCAUUUACGUGAUCUCUCCAAGUUAUCCUGCAACACCUGAGCUAAGCGGCAUGGUGGCAGAAAGACAGCCCCACUUUGAAGGCUUGAGUAGAUCUUAACAUCUGCAGCUUUGUAACAAAUGAAGGCCCAUUCUCUGUCCUAGCCAAAGAGGAUGGCACAUUCCCGUGUGGUUAUAGGAAGCAACUCAGUGUUACUACUUUUACCAUAGCAGCAUACAUUAAAGGCUUUUUGCCAU